UGAGAAGAGACGCCUGCAAGCAUGUCAGAGUUCUGGUUAAUUUCUGCUCCUGGAGAUAAGGAGAAUUUACAAGCCCUGGAGAGGAUGAAUACCGUGACCUCCAAGUCCAACCUGUCAUAUAAUACCAAAUUCGGGAUUCCUGACUUCAAGGUGGGGACCUUGGACUCCCUCGUGGGCCUCUCCGACGAGCUGGGGAAACUCGAUACCUUUGCAGAAAGCCUCAUCAGGAGGAUGGCGCAGAGUGUGGUGGACGUCAUGGAGGACUCGAAGGGGAAGGUCCAGGAGAACCUCCUGGCUAACGGAGUCGACCUCACGUCCUUCGUGACCCACUUCGAAUGGGACAUGGCCAAGUACCCCGCCAAGCAGCCGCUGGUGACCGUGGUGGACACGCUGGCCAAGCAACUGGCGCAGAUCGAGACAGACCUGAAGUCGCGCACGGCCGCCUACAGCACCCUGAAGACGAACCUGGAGAACCUGGAGAAGCGCUCCAUGGGGAACCUCUUCACUCGGACACUGAGCGAUAUUGUGAGCAAAGACGACUUCGUGCUGGACUCGGAGUAUCUCGUCACCCUGCUGGUCAUCGUCCCCAAACCGAACUACAUACAAUGGCAAAAAACCUACGAGUCCCUCUCGGAUAUGGUGGUCCCUCGGUCGACCAAACUGAUUGCUGAGGACAACGAGGGCGGCCUCUUCACAGUGACUCUGUUUCGGAAAGUGAUCGAUGAUUUCAAAAUCAAAGCCAAAGAGAACAAGUUCACUGUCCGUGAAUUUUACUAUGAUGAGAAUGAGAUCAGAAGGGAACGGGAGGAGGUGACCCGCCUGCUGUCGGAUAAGAAGCAACAGUAUCAAACUUCCUGUGUUGCUCUUAAAAAGGGAUCAUCCACCUUCCCGGACCACAAGGUUAAGGUAACCCCGCUAGGUAACCCUGAUAGGCCCACAGCGGGGCAGACCGACAGAGAGAGAGAGAGUGAGGGCGAGGGCGAGGGCCCCCUGCUGCGCUGGCUCAAGGUGAACUUCAGUGAAGCCUUUAUCGCCUGGAUCCACAUAAAGGCCCUGCGAGUGUUCGUGGAGUCAGUGCUCAGGUACGGCCUGCCGGUGAACUUCCAGGCUGUGCUCCUGCAGCCGCAUAAGAAGUCCUCCACCAAACGCUUACGCGAGGUUCUGAACUCUGUCUUCAGACACCUGGAUGAAGUCGCUGCUGCGAGUAUACUGGAUGCCUCUGUGGACAUCCCCGGGCUGCAGCUGGGCAAUCAGGACUACUUCCCGUACGUCUACUUCCGCAUCGACCUCAGCCUCCUCGACUAGGACGGGCCGCGGCCGCAGCGCAGCUCGCCCUCGCGCUCGCAGACUCCUGCCGGCUUGUCUCCGCCUCAGCCAGAGAGCAGGCCCCACGCCCUGCAGAUUCACAUUUCCAGAGAAACUGCUCAUGAGUCAGUUACAGCUGUAUUUAUUUUUGUAAGUUACAAUAAAAUGCUGCCUCUUAUAUUCUGAUAUAAUCCCAAACUUCAUUUUUUUAACGAAUGUGCACUGCCUGGUGUUCUGUGAGCCUGGCAACCACGUGGGGACCCUGGGCUGGGCAAGGGCCAGCUGCCCUCCUAAUACGGACACCCUGUGGCCCCUCACGCAGCUGUUCUCCGGGUGACGUGGGCACUGUGGUUGGCACCCAGGGAGAGAUGUCAGGGUCAUCGCUUCACCAUGUUAAUUUACGGGCGAGGCUCCAGGCUAAAUUUACAACGUGGACACUAACUUCAUAGAUUUAUUGGCAUUGUCCAAAAUAUUUUUAUUCUUUAAUGGAAAAAGCCAUUCAUAUUCAAAUAAAGGGAUCACAUUAAAAAACCUGUUUAAGAUCCAGCCUCCAAGAACAUUCAAGCAGCAGUCGGAGGAGAAUGUCAACCACCCAGCUUCCUUCCAGAUGUUACGUACAAUCCGAUUCACUGGUUACAAUUCAUAGAAUUUUCCCGUGUUUUCUUGAGAGGCAACAGUUCAGCGCUACAGUGUCUUCAGAUGACCCAUCAAGAGCCACGUCCUGGGUAAAGGCCACUGGUAGAGUCACCUGACGGUAAAGGAGGCUCCUUUACUGCUGAGAACCCGCUUGCUCCCAAGAAAAGAAAAGCACGUGAAGCCUCUGCUGCGGCUCACAGCUCGUCCUUCCCCAAGUCGUCCAGCUCCACGUCGCUCAGGUCGAUGUCAUCC